AUGCCUUUCGGGUUGAAGAACGCCGGUGCCACAUAUCAGAGAGCUAUGACUGCUAUUUUUCAUAAUAUGUUGCAUCACACAGUGGAAGACUAUGUCGAUGACUUAGUGGUAAAGUCCAAACAGCGAGAAGACCACCUUCAAGAUCUACGCCAAGUGGCUGCCAUACACAACAAUCUUGGUGAGUGGCAACUCGCCUUCGACGAGUCCUCCACUAGUAAGGGGGGAGGAGUAGAGAUCGUCCUCACAUCUCCAACUCAACAAGUCAUCGUGGCCUUUAAGCUCGCCUUUCAUUUCUCGAACAAUGAAGCUAAGUAUGAAGCGCUAAUUCUUGGCCUCCUCGUAGCCCUAGACAAGGGAAUCUUGAGGCUUUACAUCUAUAGGGACUCCAAGCUAGUUAUUAAGCAGGUGACUAGUGAGUAUGCCAUUCAUGAACCUUCGCUCACAUCUUAUCGUACCAUCAUUCAAAAGCUCCUCACCAAAUUCCCUUUCGUCCGAUUUACAUAUGUACCUCGCUCUAGUAAUAGAUAUCCAGACGCACUUGCAACAUUGGCCUCUAAAAUAACAAUCGCAGAUCACACGACUCAGGUCCACAUUACCAAGUGCAUCAAUCUGGCUACCAUCACUGAGCUUUUUCCAGCCAUGUCUGUUUCAAACGAUGACUGGCGAGCCCCAAUCAUUAAUCAACUCAAACAAAGGGCAAGACUAUUGCCAGUCAUGCAAUUGAAGUUAUUCUAA